AUGCACUGCCUGCUACAGCUGUGCUUGGCGCUGGCCUUCUGCGCCGUUCUGGCCCCGUCAGCCACUCUUGCCGAACGCCGGCAGAGCUAUCGCCUGGGCCUGCGCUCCGCGGGCCGCCUCGAGGAUGGCCAGCCGGAGGGCAGAUUCACCUCCUCCAUAGCCAACAAGUUCAGCUCCCUGAAGGGCACCACAACCACAACCACGGCGGCUGCGACAACGACCACAGUCACAACCUCGCCGACAACGCCCACAACCACGUCCCCUACUACUUCCCCCACCACAACGUCAGGUACAUCGACUGCGACGUCCUCGCCGACUACCAGUCCAACCGCGACUACACGUCGGGCCUUUGGCAAUGACAAUGAUGGGGACUCCGACGAGGAGCUGGCCCGUGCCUACGACGACGAGGAGGACGAUGAGGAGCAGGCGGGCAGCGGCAACAUGGAAGACGACGAUGAGACCGACGAUGAUGAUGACGAGUACUAUCUGCUUGCCGCUGGAUCCGGAGGCAAUGCCGUCCAACAGGUGGAAUCCAACUCCAACGCGGCCGUGGCGCGCCCCACCGAGCUGCAGUGGCGCCAGUUCCAGGCGGAUCAGCGCAACCGUCGUCGCAUCCAGCGUCUGCAGCAGGAGCACAACCAGCGACUGCGGGCCCUUCUGCGCCGCCAGCGCCGUGCCGACCGUCGCAACUCGCAGCGCGUGCGCCGCAUCCAGAAGCAGAACCGCCGUCGCUCCACACGCCGCGACCGUCGCAAUCGGAGCCGCAGCAAGGCCCAGCGCCAGCGCCGCCGUCGCAACAACCAGAGCCGCCGACGCCGUCAGCAGAGCCAGCGCCAGCGUCGCCGUCAGCGCCUGAACCAGCGUCGCCGCCUGCGCCAGCUGAUGCGCCGUCGUCGUGGCGGUCGCCGUGUCGUCCGUUUCUAG